UGCGCCAGAGCCAGAGGAUAGUGUAACACUCCUACGGCAUGGGAGGGGAGUUUGAGAUGCAUCCAAAUUUUUUGCACGCCACCACAGGGCCGCCGUCCACUCUAUCGGCGAUUGACUGCUAUAUAUAGCGCCUGAUACGAAUGGCGUCCUCCGCGCCUCCUCUGUUUUAUCACUUCACGCCUUCAAUUCGUGCCAAUCGCAACGGAAACCCUAGCUGCGAUACCAAUCCUUCGUCUUCCAGUUCUUGCUCCCCGUCGCCCUAUUCUUCUUUUAAUUGGCACAGCUCCCGACGACACAACUUGAGUUUCGUGGCAUUUUCAGGCUUAAAGAAUAUCUGGAUGCAUAAAAGCCUUAGAGCUCAAUCCAUGAGUAAGCCUCAGGGAAAUCUUUCAUCACCUCGGGGUGCAGUUAAUACGGAUGACGAACCCGACCAUCUUCUUGUUCUUGUACAUGGAAUUUUGGCAAGCCCAAGUGACUGGACAUAUUUUGAAGCAGAGUUGAAGAGACGGUUAGGGAAAAAGUUUUUGAUUUAUGCUAGCUCAUGCAAUAUGUACACUAAGACUUUCACUGGAAUCGAUGGUGCUGGAAAACGGCUGGCUGAUGAAGUCAUGCAAGUUGUGAAGAAGACACAGAGCCUAAAGAAGAUAUCGUUUCUAGCCCAUUCACUUGGUGGUUUAUUCGCAAGAUACGCUAUCAGCGUGCUGUAUAGUCCUAAUGGCUCUUAUCAAUCAGAUGAUAAGGCUGUCUCUCCGGCUACAAAAUUCAAAACCUUGCACUCUUCAAAUAGAGGCUCCAUUGCUGGGCUGCAAGCAAUUAAUUUUAUUACCCUGGCAACCCCUCAUCUUGGAGUCAGAGGAAAUAAGCAGCUUCCAUUUCUUCUUGGUGUAUCUUUCCUGGAGAAACUUGCUGCUCCUCUUGCCCCAAUUUUUACGGGUCGAACUGGCAGUCAAUUGUUUCUCACCGAUGGAAAGCCUGAUAAGCCCCCACUCUUAUUAAGGAUGGCCUCAGAUAGUGAAGAUGGAAAAUUCAUAUCUGCACUUGGAGCUUUCAGAUGCCGGGUUCUUUAUGCCAACAUUUCUUAUGAUCAUAUGGUUGGUUGGCGCACAUCUUCCAUACGACGAGAAAAGGAACUUAUUAAGCCCCCUACGCAAUCUUUGGAUGGCUACAAACAUGUCAUGGAUGUGGAGUAUUGCCCGCCAGUCGUAUCAGAGGCCCCCCAUUUCCCACCCCAAGCAGCCAAAGCAAAGGAAGCUGCUCAAACAGAGCCAAGCAUAAAGAACACAACUGAAUAUCAUGAAAUUGUCGAAGAGGAAAUGAUACACGGUUUACAGAGACUAGGAUGGAUGAAAGUUGAUGUCAGCUUCCACUCGGCGUUCUGGCCCUUCUUUGCCCACAAUAACAUCCAUGUGAAGAACGAAUGGUUCCAUAACGCCGGAGCCGGAGUGGUUGCUCAUGUUGCCGACACCAUCAAACAGCAAGAAAAGAAGCAGCAAGACUCCUCAUCCUUGUACAUUUCUGCUAAUUUGUAACACACAAUCUUCUCUCUCUCAAUAAUUCCGGUUUCCAUAAAACAUAUUUAAUAUCAGUUUUUGCCUCUAAAGAAGACAACUUUGGUAUGAACACUACCGUUGACUAUGACAUUAAAGAAAUGAGAUUAGUUACAGCUAAUUACAGAUGAA